UUCUCUCUUUUUCACUCACGCUCACGCACAAUUCCACGGAACCCAGCCCCCCCCUCUCUCUCCACUUCACAGAACCCUAGCCCCCUUUUCUUUUCUCUCUCCCAGCCAACAGCAGCGGGAGGCCAGGAGCCACCGCCCAGUGCCCAACGCCGUCGUCGCCGACGAACUCGUCUCCUCAGCCAGCGCCCAGCCUCGUCGUCGCUGAUCCUCUUCUCCUAGAUCCCAUCUCCUCGCGUCGCUAGGUCUCAUCGCCGAACGGGUGGAGGGUGCUGUCGCCGCCGGGUGGAACUGACCGUGGUGGCAUCAAGAAUCAUCGGCUGUGGAAGGUGAAGGUAUACUCGUCGCCUGUCAUCGUUUCUCUUCCCCUCGCCGUCGUCUAUCUGUGUCGCGGUUGAGCUCGACGGUCUCAACGACCCUUCCUCCGUGAGUGGCAAGUUCAUGCGGAGGUUCAGGCUCCCUGAGAACGCCAAGAUGAAUCAGGUGAAGACAUCCAUGGAGAAUGGUGUUCUUACUGUCACUGUUCCCAAGGCAGAAGUUAAGAAACCUGAUGUUAAGUCCAUUCAAAUCAUUGGUUAAACAAUAUAAUCUUCUGGUUUUCAAGCCUGUGUUUGCGUUUUGUUGUGAAUUGUGAUUGCCUAAUAUCUAUGAUGUUCAUGUCCUAGAAAUAUAAAUCAUGUAGUAGUGGUAAGUAAGAAAGCAAGAUUAUUAUGAUAUAUGAGAUGUCAUCAAGUAUGUAGUGCACGAAUGGAACUUUUUCUGUGGCUGUGCUUUGAAAAUCCUAUCUAUGAUGAAAAUCUUGAAACUAACAAUGAUGAUUACGAUUUUUUAUGAUUAGAGUUUUGUUUAGUUUAAAAAGGUGAAAUUUUAAAUUUUAUUAUGUUAGAAAUUAUUGAAUUUAAAUAUUUGAAAUUAUAUAUUUAAUUUUUAAUAAUUGUGUUUAAAAUUUAUUUAAACCGGUUGAACUCUGGUCGAACCAUUAAACCAGUGAACCAGUUAUCUUAUUGGUUCAUUGACCGUUCCGGUUUUUGCAACCUUUGUUAUUAGUUUAAACAUUAUUAAAUUUGUAUAUUUGAAAUUAUAUAUUAAAUUUUUAAUAAUUUAAUUAUAUAUUUAAUUAAACCGGUUCAACCACGGUUGAUCCCGGUGAACCAUUGAACCAUUGAACCAGUAGCUUGACCGGUUCAAUGAUCGGUUCGGUUCUCGCAACCUUGGUUUUAAUCGUUCCUAUUGGUCUUGUGUUGUGCUGUGUUUUAGUUGUUCUUGUUAUUGUGAUUUUGAGAUUUUCAGUUCAUCUUCAUGCCCAUGUUCUUGUUUUAUUAUAAUUUGUUAUAAGUUGUUAAUUGUUUCUGACUUAUAAUUGUUCUUAUCCUUGUUCAAUUCAUGACUUCCUAGUAUAUUUUGAUUGAUAUUUUUAGGGAUAAUACUCAUUUUGGUCCCUCAAUUUGCAUGCGAGUUUUAAUUUAGUCCUAAAGUUUCAAUCGCCUCUAUUUAGUUCGUAAACUAUGCGAAUGUGAUUCAUGUUAGUCCGUGGGAUAUUUUCGACUUACAAACGUAACAAAACACUAACGUGGAUAGCCGGAUGCUACGUUAACGACAUCAUUUUUGUUUUGGCUCUCAAAUAGUCCAAAAAAUAUCGUAAGUGGUAUUUAUUGAAACUUUUCCUCCCAAAACAAGUAAUCCGAUGUCGUUUUACAAGUUCUAGCAUGGUAUUUGGUUGUCCAUGUCAGUAUUUCAUUAACAUUAUUGUGUCGGAAAUUAUCCACGGGCUAAUGUGAGACACGUUUGUAAAGUUUAGGGACUAAAGAGAGGCAAUUGAAAUUUUAUGGACUAAAUUGAGGCUUGCGUGCAAGUUUAGGGAUCAAAUUGAGUAUUAACUCAUAUUUUUAUAUAAUUUUUUUAUUUGAUUUGUGAGUUUAUAUUUGGAUAAAUUGAUAAUAUUUUGGUUGAUUUAGUAUUUUUAAUUUGAAUGAUAUUUUAAGAUGUAUAUUAAUUAAAUUAUAAUUAUAUUUUAUUGUGUUUAUUUAUAUAUUUUAUUAUAAAAUAGUUAUUUCGAUUGAAUUACGGUUAAAUCAAUUAAAUUAAUGAAUCAAUAACUAAAGUGGUUUGAUGACGGUUUGGUUUUUUGAACCUUGAUUAUUAUUAUUAUUAUUCUCAAACCAGAUUCCUAAUUCAAAAUAUAAAGAAGUUACUCAAUUUUGAAAUAGAAUGAGACAAAAAUAAACAUCAACCCUAAUUGGAGAAACAUUCUGCCUGUUUGUUCCCUUUUGUAUCCAGGUCAGGUUUCAUCUUCGAAGCUUUGCUAGGGUUUGCUGGUUCAAAUCAUCCAUCUAUCAUCUUCCCUUUGUUUCUGCCCUUAUUAGCAGACAGUAGUUUCAGUUUCUGAUUCAGACGCUGUUGGAAUUAUUGCAUCCAUGUCUAACAUCAGCAACAAUGUGGCUGGGGUUGACAACACCUUCAGAAGAAAAUUCGAUCGAGAAGAGUAUUUGGAACGAGCUCGGGAGCGUGAGAGGCAGGAGGAGGAGGGUCGAUCUAAAUCUAAAGCUAAAGGUCCUCCAGUGCAGAGGAAACCCCUAAAACAUAGAGAUUAUGAAGUGGACCUCGAGUCCCGCCUAGGCAAGACUCAAGUUGUUACGCCGGUUGCACCACUGAGUCAGCAGGCUGGAUAUUACUGCUCUGUUUGUGAGUGUGUGGUAAAGGACUCAGCGAACUACUUGGAUCAUAUUAAUGGAAAGAAACAUCAAAGAGCUUUGGGCAUGUCUAUGCGAGUUGAACGAGCCUCUCUCCAACAGGUUCAGGAACGAUUUGAGGUUCUUAAGAAACGUAAAGAUCUUGGCACAUUCACCGAGCAAGAUCUUGACGAAAGGGUUCUAAAACAGCAGCUAGAAGAGGAAGAAAGAAAACGAUUGCGUCGUGAAAAGAAGAAGGAAAAGAAAGAGAAGGCAAUGGAAGAACCGGAAAUUGAUCCUGAUGUUGCGGCCAUGAUGGGGUUUGGUGGUUUCCGGUCAUCAAAGAAAUGAUGCCAUUCUACAUGCAGGAUGGACUUUCUGCAAUUUUGAGCAGCUUUUCUGCAAUGAUAAGAUGAAUCUACCAGCCUGAUUCCCGGUGGUUUAAAGGUCAAUCUAUGGUGAAGGAAAUAUUAGCGGGUUCAAAAAUUGGAAGUUUGGGAGCUCGUAAUUUUUUUUUCUUUGGUUCUUGUAUAUUUCUUAUGAGAACUAUGUUAUGUAAUGUUAUGUAAGCUCUACACAAGUGUGCUUUGACAACUAUCAUUAGCCAAGGUUGCGAGAAUCGGACCGGUCAAUAAACCGGUAAGUUUACUGGUUCAAUAGUUCA